AUAAUAUAAUACGCGUUUCGUCCAAUGCUCCAGGCAAACAUACGCACUUUUACAGCGUGUUACAACGUACACGGCAACUGUGAGGCGGAAGGAGUGAUUUUAAAAUUGAUGGUCUUGAUUUUCAAUUAUAGAACUGACGUGGAAAUCACUUGAUUACCAAUUCUUAAUGUCGUUAUUUAUUUUUCGAUCGUCGUCGUCGUCAACGAUUGAACAAUAUAUGGGUCACAAUGACGUAUGAUGCAGCAUAAUAUCGGAGGGCGAAGGAACGUAGGCACACCACAGAGGAGAGCCAGUCAAUCAAUCUCUAACGCCCUCGCAUAACACUUAUUGGUUAGGAUGCGAGUAACAGUUACGCACGCUGAGAAAUAAUAUUAUCAUGUUAAUAUAAUACCUAAUACGUUUUCCCGGAGCGAUCAAAUGUAUCGUUGACUCGUUGAGCUGCAGUGGACUUGCCGCGCCGACAUAGACAUUUCAAUCAUUCGCAUCUAAGCAAAUACAUGUUCACAAUUUAGUUAUGAAGAAUUGGAAUAUAAAAAAAAUAUCCAGUGCUAUUAUAACUAAGUUUAUAAUUUUCCUCUAUGUUAUCAAUUUUCAAUUUAGAUAUUCAAAAUGCUUGGAAUUCAGAGAUAUUCUACCAGAGGAUGCAAAGCAAUAUGAUAAAAUGAGACCACCUAAAAUAGAUGGCACAGCAACUAAAGUUCAUUUUCAUGUUACGGUGAUGGGCUUAGAUUCAAUCGAUGAAAAUGCAAUGACAUAUGCUGCUGAUAUUUUUUUUGCUCAAACAUGGAAGGAUCAUAGGCUUCGUUUACCGGAAAACAUGACUUCCGAAUAUAGAUUAUUAGAGGUUGAUUGGUUGAAAAAUAUUUGGAGACCGGAUUCGUUUUUUAAAAAUGCUAAAGCUGUUACAUUUCAAACUAUGACAAUUCCAAAUCAUUACAUGUGGCUUUAUAAAGACAAAACUAUUCUCUACAUGGUCAAAUUAACGUUAACAUUAUCGUGCGCAAUGAACUUCAUGAUAUAUCCACAUGAUACACAAGAAUGCAAACUUCAAAUGGAAAGCUUGUCUCAUACCACUGAUGAUAUGAUAUUCCAAUGGGAUCCAGAGGUACCGUUAGUUGUUGAUGAAAACAUUGAAUUGCCUCAAUUACAGUUAGUUAAGAAUCAAACUGCUGACUGUACUCAAGUUUAUUCCACCGGAAAUUUUACUUGUCUUGAAGUUAUUUUUGUUCUUAAACGAAGACUUGGGUAUUAUCUGUUUCAUACAUAUAUUCCUACCUGCCUUAUCGUCAUUAUGUCGUGGGUUUCGUUUUGGAUUAAACCUGAAGCAGCUCCAGCUCGCGUGACGUUGGGUGUUACGUCUCUAUUGACAUUGUCGACACAGCACGCUAAAUCUCAAGCUGCACUGCCUCCAGUUUCAUAUCUGAAGGCAGUCGAUACAUUUAUGUCUGCGUGUACAGUGUUCGUAUUUAUGGCUCUCAUGGAAUAUUGUUUGGUGAACAUAGUGCUUGGUGAUUCCGACAUGCCUCCAAAACCAUUGAAUAAAAAAUCAUUUAAUUUCAGCUUCAGAAGCAACUUGAAGUUAAAUGACGGCCACCCGAUCCCGCCGCCUCCGCGUCCACCGCCACAGGCCACCGCGGCCGCCUUAGCCGCUACUACAGCCCUCGCACAGAGAAACCGCACCAGAGCUAUAAACAUCGAUAGAUUUUCGAGAGUGUUCUUUCCAUUGCUAUUCGCAGUACUCAACAUGACGUACUGGGUUAUUUUCGCACGGUUUUUAUAAUGUCAUCACGCGAUAUAUGACAUCCCGUCGCCCCACACACCCGUUACACUAUCAAUACCCAUCGUUAAAUUUAUAAUACGACUUACAUCUACUUUCGUUAAUAUCACGACAACAGUAUUUAGGUAUCAAUAUACGUACAUAUUAGAGAUUUGCGCCUAUACAUAUAGUACACCAAAACAAUUAUUACUGUUCAGGGUUAUUCAAAUAAAAUAUUAUGCGAUGCUUUGUGUCCGCAGGCUUUCUGUAACAACGUUUUUGGGAGAUGUGUUAAAGAUACUGUAUAAAUAACACUAUUAUCAUAAACUACAGAAGAGUCAAAAAAUUAACCAAGUCAGUUGCAACUGAUAUGCAUGGAAUGAAUUCCAAUGAGUUCCAACUAUUGAUGUUAUUUGUGUGACCAAGGAAAUCCAAGCCAUUCGUAUAGAACAUAUUAUAAAUGUUAGGUAUAUUAUUCAAUAAAUUUGCAAAAUUAUUCAUUUAUUUAACGUAUUUACUCUGAAUCUAAAAACUGAAAAUAGAUAUUAAUUUUAAAUCUCAUGAAUCAUUUUGAAGAACCCUGCAUAAUAAUAUAAUAUAACCUGCAUGUAUACCGCAGCUAUAUAAAAUCUGAUAACCUGUACGCUAAUCAGUCGUUUAAGAGUUAUUGAUAUACGUUAUGAUAUUAAAAUUGAAUCAAUGAUGUUUGAAAAACGAAAUAAUAUUAAUCUGACAGUUAUUCAAAUGAGAUCUCCGUGAAUUUCGUAAGGUGCACCAAUUAUGUUAUCAUACCGAACUACAGGUUGUAUCUUAAAAUGACGUAGGCGUUGAUUUUUAAUGAUUAAAAAAUCAAUAUCUGCCUAUAAUUGUAAAAUUAAAUUUAAAAAAAAAAAAAAUUAAUAAUACGUUUCUUUAUUUCAAUUGACCUAUUUGUAUGUCUGUACAAAACAAAGAAACAAUUUUUUAAUUUUUUUAAAAUUCUGUUUUAUUGAUCUGAAAUCACGCGUAUGACAUAAUAUAAUACACUGUAAAGAAUAUGUAUGAAUAUGUAUCUUAAACGGUCGAACUAGUCAAAAAUUAAAUAUAUUUUAACGAUAAUCCGAUGCCAAAUAUUGGAUUUAAAGUGAAAUACUGUAAUAGUUUUAAAACUGUUGGUCCAUAGCACUAAGAAGAUAUAUUUUUGUUGUAACUAAAAGAGUUCCGGGAUCACAAAAGGUUUGAGAACCACAAUAGUAGAUAGGUUAAUAAUAUACAUAAUAUUAAGAAAAUAUGAUACAUUUUUGAUUACUUUUAAUCAGAUAGACAAUAUUUGAUUUUCUGCAUUUUUCAAAACGAUCAAUAGAUAGAUGAGAUAUUUAUUCGUUUAUGCGCGUGAUACGCUGUUCUUAUUAUAAAUAUAGGUACUUUUGAUGCGCUUCAAUGACCCUCAUAAAGUUAGUAACACAACCAUAACAGAAUACAAAAACAUUUGAAGCAUGUCUUAUCAAAUUGUUGUUAACUUGUUAGAAUUGCUGGAUUACUCCCAGAAUUUUAUUUUUUUCAGGACAGCUUUUAUAAUUUUGCAUUGCUAUUUGCUAUACUUAUACUUCAUCAACACAACUUUAUGCUAACAAAAUUUCACUUGAAACAAUUUUCCAACAAAUUUGUUGGAUAUAUUAAUUCGUACAUGAACAGUUAUGGUUGUAUUACUAACUUUAUGUAGAUCUUCAAUGUUAUACCUAAUUGGAACAAAUAUUACCCGUGAAUAUUAGCUGCAAUUCUAAAGCAGUUCACUCGUACUCAAAUUAUACAUAAGUACCACUAUAUAUACCCAUAGCAUUCUAGCUCAUACUAACCGCAGUUGUAUAUAGUAUAUACGUAGGUGGUAGGUACAUAUAAAAAAAUAAAUGACAGGAAUGCUUAAGGGUACUUACGAAUACAGGAGUUGAAAUCUAUUUUAAAUAAUAUUUAAUAUCCAUAAAAAUCGUUAAAGAUCUUUUAAAAAUCAAAAGAAAUGCUGAAAUAGAAUUUUUUUUUAAAUUAAUAAUGAAAUAAGAUUAAAUUAAAAGCAAUAAUUUAUUUCAAAAUAAUAAUUGUUUCAUAAUUUUUAUAAAAGAAAAACCGAUAUAAAAUUUAAAAUUCAACAAAUCCAAAAGCCCCAACAUUAUUCAUCUGUUUUAUUAUUUUUUUUUUAAAUGAAAGUAACGUGAAAUUUUACUGUUUUAUUAUAUUAUUAUUUUAAAUAAUUUAAUAAUUGUCGGUUAAUUGAAUUCUUUAUUAUAAACCGUAAUUAUAUAUUUCAUAGUCUUGUAUAAAAGUCUUAUUAUUUAUUUAUUUUUUUGAAAUAAUGAUAUACAAAGUAUUAACUUCCCAAAUAAGCUCGGUAUUAUUUAAAUAGUUCAUACCUACGUAUCUUAAAAAUUUAAACCGGAAUUUAUGAAGUAUGUGUAUGAAUUAUACAUGAAUUUAGAUCACCGUGCCAAUACAAUAUGGUCAUAAUUAAAUUUAUCGCGAUAACAGUAUAGUGUCAACAGUUAAGUAUCGGGUAUCAUUCCAAUCGACCAAAUAACGAUGAUUCGAGAAAAUAAUGAAAAUUUGCCAUCCGUCGACAAUCACGACAAUGGUUAAAAUUUUUCGUUAAAACUUAUGAACUGAGACUUCAGGCAAUAGAUAUUUUAAAUUAUUCGUAAAAGUCUUAUACAGAAAUCGUGAAGUAAGUCUAGCAACCAAAAUUAUACACAUCGAAUUUGCUCAUAUUAUAAAAGCUAAACCUAGCCUAUAAAACCAAUAAUAAUGAUGACCAUUUAUGCCAUGUAAAUUAAGUAUAAGACCAUUUAUAAUAUUUUAUUCCAGUGGAUUGAAAUUUUAAAACACUAUUUCCUGUUUUGAAAUAUUCACCAUUAAAUUUAAUUUGUUACAAAAUUAAAUUUCUAUGGAUAAUUAAUCCUAAUUUCAGCUACUUAACAAAUUUCAAGAUACCUAUUAUUAUUAAUAUUGUGCGCGAUUGAUUUGUGAAGGUAUAUGGUCAGUAUACAGUAUCUGGUACCUAGGUAUAGUAGUAAGUCAAAAGAAAUAGGUAUCUAACAUCUAACAAUUGUAGUACCUACAUACUUACAUUAUAUGUACAACAAUAUCUAUAAAUAUAAUAAUAUGUUUUAAUUAUAUUAUAUAUUUAUAUUAUAUUAAUUAGUUAUAGAUAAUAAUAUUACUAAAAAUUGGAACACAAGAAAUAUAAAAUUGUAAAAUUUACAUAUAAUGAUAAUAUUAUAAUAAAAAAUUGUAUUUUGUUUGAAUGUUCUAUAAAAAACUUUAAAUGUGCAAAUUUGUAAAAUUAUAGCAAUAUAAAAUUUCCUUUAAGUUUUAAACAGUUAUAUUAUAAAUUAAGAUUAUAUAAAAAUUAUGAAAAAGUAGGAAU